AUGUGCUGGGAAUCCACACCGAUUCGACCCUCAGCAAUGCAUAUUCGACAACGUCUGAUUGAUAUGAAUCCACGCAAGAUAUCCCCGAUCGAUUUGAUGAUGAUUAUUGUGAAUGAAUACUCAACACGACUGGAAGUACUGGUUGAAGAACGCACUGAAUCACUGAAGACGGAAACCAAACUCACUGAUCAAUUACUACAUAGUAUGCUCCCCAAGCCGGUAGUGGCCGCACUAAGACUUGGGCAACAUGUCCCUCCCGAGGCGUUUGACCAGUGCACAAUCNAUUUCAGCGACAUUGUUGGAUUUACUACAAUCUCUUCAAAAUCCACCCCGUUCGAGGUCGUUGCGUUACUUAACAAGCUGUACAGCGAAUUUGAUGAAAUUAUUGAUCGAUACGAUGUCUACAAAGUGGAAACGAUUGGGGACGCUUAUAUGGUUGCUUCCGGUGUACCCAGACGAAACGGAGAAAGACAUGCAAUUGCUGUGACCGAUAUGUCGCUGGACCUGGUCAGCGUGUCACACAGUUUUGUCAUUCCCCACAUGCCUCAAGAACCACUGAAAAUUCGAGUCGGAUUGCAUUCCGGCCCAGUAUGUGCUGGUGUUGUGGGUUUGAAAAUGCCGCGCUAUUGUCUGUUUGGUGACACGGUCAACACGGCCAGUCGAAUGGAGAGUACUGGUGAAGGUGAGAUUCGGCUCGAUGCACACAAGCAUAAGACAAUCUCAUGUAUUCGCGGAUUUGCCUGUCUGUGUCAGUCGCCUUAUAUUUGUGGCAAAGGCACAAUGCAAACGUGGUGGGUGCUGAAGCGAAUGCGUGAGGAAGUGGAACACGACGUGUGCCCGCUUCCGCCGAAUUGGAAGAAAAAAGUCAAGAAAGCGAUGGGUCACAAACAGUUGGACAGAACGAUGACAGAACAACUGGAUUCCGGCAGUAGUACGGGAUAG